GCCCCGCCGCCCCGGCCGCGCGCACACGCCUUGCCCUCGCCCCCCUCGAAAUCAUAUUUACAGUUCUUUUUUUUCCCCCCUCUCCUGUGACAUUUUCUCCAAAUCGGAAAAUGAAGUGUAAGUCGAGCUUUGCCGCAGGCGGCCCUCGGUCUCCGCUUUCCGGCUCGGGGUCCCGGAGUGAGAUGCGCUGUCCCCGGCAGUGCGAACCCCGGGGGACGGAGUGGGGCCCCCAGCCCAGCGCCCCGGGCCCGGCCGCUCCGCCAGCGGAGACCGCGGAGUCCGGCUGUGCGCCGCGCGGGUGCGCUCCGGACGCGGCGGGUCGCAGGCCUCACCGCGGGUUCAAGUGCAUCCCCGCGGCUGGAGCCCGCGGCUCUGGGAGCGAGUUCUGCCCUGCUCAGCCCCCUCUGGGAGUUCUGUGCUCCCGCGGCUCCCGGGCCCCUCUCCCCGACCCCGCAGCGCGCUGGGCCGCCGGCUGGGGGCAGGCACCCGGCUCGCGCUCCUCCUGGCCCGGGCCGGGCCCCCGGCGCGGCGCUGCCCCCGGGCCGAGCAGGAGGCUCCGCCUGGAAAAGAAGUCAGACUUCCUCUCCACGCUGCUCCGACUGGAAUCUGGAAUCGGCAGGAAAUUGCUCCAACACCCGGGCCGCGCCUUUGCAGUCAGCCCUCGCUUUGCUGAAGAGAAGCAGCUCCCACCAAAGUCUUGCCUCCCCCUCCCCCCGAAAGCCCCGCGCAGCUACCCAUCUGGGACAGUGCUUCCAGUCUCCUGUGCAUCUAGCUGGGGUCAUGUGACGAGUUUUCACCACUGGAAAACGAGCAGAAGGAGCAUUUCUAAGAAGUGAAUGUGCCAUCUCCACUAUCUCUGAGGGCAGGAAAUGAUUCUGAAGACGUAGGGCAAGGCCAAGCCUCAAGUUAGAAACCUGAAUCCUUCAUCCCACAGCUUUCAAGCUCAACAUGCCCAUCCCUCCCCAGACCCAUUAAGUGGCAAAGAAGGGAAAUAUUUCUACUUUCUUCAUGGUCUUCGAAAGGAUGGACACACAGCCCUGAGGGAAAUCGCUGGCCAGAGGAAAGCAGUCCCCUAGAGAUAGCAAUCCAAAUAUCAUCAUAGAGCUGGGCCACCGCCAGCAUCUCCAUCAGCAACUUUGAAGAGUUGUCUGUCUUCCCAGCACAAUAAAACUGGAGACAUGAGCAUCCAGAGCUCCAGCCAGCACAAUUACAUGAAGCCAAAGCGCAUUAUCACUUCUAGGUUGCAGGAUUUAUGACCAGCUCUGAUGGAAAAUAAAGACAGAGAUACUCUACUUGUCUGAAUUCAUCACUCACAAAAGGCAGUAUGUUUUAAUCAUAGAGAAGUUGUCUAUAUUGUACUUUUUCUAACAAAAACCUUCACAAGCAGAGCAGAAACGGAUACCAGCAUCUUAAAGAAAAAAAGAAAAAUGCAAAAGAUUGCCAGUUUGCUUCUGUUCAGAAAAUAUGCCCUUGAUAUCCUUUAUUGUUGAAAAGCUCCUUUCAAAUGCAUUGAGGCAAGUGCUUCUGUUUUGGAGUUUCCCUGGGUUUGGGAAACUGCUUCUAACCUGAGUGGAACAGAGGGGUAGGUUUGUAGGUCUGUAUGGUGUAUCGGUGUCAGCUGAUCCAGGGACUAAGUAAUGAGGCUAAAAUCAUUCUACUUCUAGGAUGCCUGUGACUUCCAUUUGCCAUGAGAGUGUUAAUUCCUGUGGCAGUACGCCUGCCAUCAGCUCCCCCAGAGCCAUGCUCUUCACCAGCACAGCAUUCUCAGGCAUUACUACAGAUGCUCAUUAAUCAUCUCUACUCUAGGAGGUACGCCCUGUGAGCUCAGACUCUUGGUGUUCCUGGCUCAGUGCUAGGACAUGGUGAAUGCAGAAAAUAUUGAAGAGCUCUGAUUAGGUUGUGAUUUUAAGUAAUUAAAAUUCUUGGGCUGGCCCUGUGGCAUAGUGGUUAAGUUCAGCA